AUGAGCGACCUCGCGGAGCGGCUGUCGCGAUUGGGACUGUCCCAGUACCUGGAAGCAUUCGUGUCCGAGGGCUUCGACAGCUGGGAGACCGUCCUCGAUAUCACUGAAUCGGACCUUGGCUCUCUCAGCGUCAAGCUUGGACAUCGAAGAAAACUCCAACGGGCAAUCGCCGAAUCGCGAGGACAGUCCUCAGGCCGUCCACUGCCCAUCGCACUCGAAAAUGCGGGCAGCGUCGACGGCUCAUAUCGCAGCGAUGACUCCGCGACAGAAACCAAAAUCAGACAGGGCGAAAUCUCGGUCACAGGCAUAACACCUAGCGCGAAGAGGAAAUACAGACGCCAUCCUAAACCGGAUGAACAUGCGCCGGAGCGACCUCCGUCGGCUUAUGUCAUCUUCUCUAAUCAGGUUAGAGAAACUCUGAAAGGCCAGGAACUGUCAUUCACCGAGAUCGCCAAGAUUGUCGGCGAAAGGUGGCAGGUCUUGCCUGCUGACUCACGAGACGCCUGCGAGCGUCAGGCCAGUUCUGCGAAAGAGAAGUACUACGCUGAACUCGCCGAAUACAAGAAAACACCUGAGUAUGAAUCUUAUCAGAAGUAUCUUGAGGAAUUCAAGGCGAAACACGCCGCUCCACCAAAGGAAGGCAAACGAUCCAAAUUGGAGGCAGACACUCCUGCAUCUACCUGGACUAUCAAUCACGAACACACAGAGCGCACAAUCGUCCGAAGAAUCAGCUCAGCGCAGUCGGAUCAAUACGCUGGCCAAACUCGAACAGAGGCGAGUCCCCCCAUAGGACCGUCACGAUUGCCCUCUGGGUCUUCACGUCCUUCCAAAUCAACUUCGCCUGCGAUCCAUAAUCGCUCUGGAUUCAACUCGCCACGAAUGCCCGAGCAUUACUCCCCGCUUUCUGCCUCGCCACGAUCGGCGACUCUCAACAAAGAGAGUUCUUUCGAAACCACAUCUAGCGUAAUGGCUAGGGAUGCCAGAGGCCAAUCCGAUGCGAGUCUGCCCUUCUCAUCGUCUUACGGCCAUGCGCCCUCCUAUCCUGCAUCUACCACACCACCAUCAUACAGCUCCCACUACCAGACCCCUAUGGAUUUACCAUCGCGACGCUCAAACCGAGAGAUGCAUCGUCUUCCACCAUUGACUCAUGAAGAUACGACAUUGUCAUCGGAUAGCGGCCAGGGUGGAUACGCACCCAGCUACACUGGUCAAACCCUCCCGCCCAUGGAUGCUACCAAAUCAAUGCGUGUACUUCCGGCGCCUGUACCCAGUGCCAUGGCAUCCGUUCCAUCACCUCUUGACCGUCCCUCCGUCCAGUCGCCACCAAAACCACCUCUGCAACAUGCAGACUACAGGACAAGCUCUUCUCUGGCUGCCUUAUUGAGAGCGGGAGAAUUGGCUAGAGUAGCAGAUGCAGAUGCAGACGACGAAGACAUGGAUACUUCGGGAUAUCCUUGA